AUGGCGGCUCGUUGGUUCUGCCUUGGACGACCAAUACUGACGCCGUGCCUCCUUCACAUAUGCGCCCCUUUCGUCGACCUGGCAAUCACAUUGCAGACCUUUGGUAUGAAGAACAAGAACAAGUCGACAAAGGUUCAGAAGUAUAUCCAGGAAGUUCAGAAGCAGCAGUCGCAGGCCGGCAAGAACAAGGAGCAGCUCGCCAAGCAGAAGCUGGCCGAGGACCGCGCCCGUUCCAAGGAGGCCGAUGCCGCCAAGAAGGCGAUGGAGGCGCAGCUGUUCACCCCGACCCAGCAGAUCCAGAAGGUCGCCUUCGGUACCGACCCCAAGACUGUCCUCUGUGUCUUCUUCAAGGCAGGAAACUGUACCAAGGGCAACAAGUGCAAGUUCUCGCACGACCGUAAUGUCGAGCGCAAGGUUGAAAAGGUCAACAUUUACGAGGACAAGCGCGCGGGCGAGGAGGAGAAGAAGAAGGAGACCAUGGAUGACUGGGACGAUGCCAAGCUCAACGAAGUCGUCAACCAGAACGCACGGAAGCAGCGUACCACCACCGACAUUGUGUGCAAGUUCUUUGUUCAGGCGAUCGAGGACCGCAAGUAUGGUUGGUUCUGGAUCUGCCCCAAUGGCGGUGACAACUGCAUGUACAAGCACGCUCUUCCCCCCGGAUUCGUCCUCAAGAAGGACGAGAAGAAGGCGGUCAAGGACGAGAUUUCGCUCGAGGACUUUGUCGAGGUCGAGCGCCACAAGCUCCAGCCCCCUCUUACCCCCUGCACGCCCGAGACCUUUGCUGCCUGGAAGAAGGCGCGAUUGGAAAAGAAGGCCGCCGAGCAGGAGGCGCUCGACAAGGCCAAGACUCUCCAGCGCGCUGCCGGCAAGAUGUCGGGCAUGACCGGAAAGGACAUGUUCGAGUUUGGCAGCGAGCUCUACGCCGACGAGGAGGACGAUGUCGAGGAGGAGUGGGACAUUUCCCGCAUGCUUGCUCGUUACGCCGAGGAGGAUGGCGAGCGCCAAGAGGACGACGAUGCAGCCGAGGACGACGACGAUGUCAAGACCGUCACGGAUGGCGUGGCCCAGGUGGCUGUUUAG